UUACCACUUCGAACUCUGGUCUACCAGUGGUUCAUACAGCGAUAAUGGAAAGUGGACUGGACGACUUCCGAAAUGCAAGGCAGCAACUUACAAGAGUUUUCAAUGGUAUAUCAGAGGAGCAGGUCGAAGUUACAAGCCAGUCCAGUGAAUCUACUUUGGUGCGGUCACCGGAAAACAGACAUCGUGAUCCAGGAGGUUCGCGUGUACAGCAUACGAAAGGAGGUUCUUCGUUUGCCGUGGAGACUGAAUCAGCAGAUGAUAGCUUGCUUGCAUUGGAAAACGGUAGACGAAGCUUAAUUAAUACACGUCAAACCUCUCACGAGUUCAAUCGAAAGUCUUUUAUCGAGGCUCCAAGGGUGUUUGCUCGAUCUGCAAGUGACAGCCAUGUAAUAAACAGUGAAAUGGACGCUAAGGAUUUAAAUUUUAGUCACGCUGUGAUUUCUUCGACGCCUCAAUCAAAAUCGUUUCAAAUGGGUUACGGACACCCGCCACAGUUCAGUUCAACGAAAACUUCGUUUUUCCCCGGUUCAGUGUUCAGUCCACGGAGUCGUCGGAAUAUCGCUAAGUUCGCGCAGGUCACCGACGGAUCACAGGUGGAACCUGUUUGUAUAGGUGGUUAUCUCGCGUCGUGUACUGCCAGCUGUUCCAUUCUCGAGCUGCGCGACGCUUCGUGGAAAGUGCCGGCUCAGAACUCGAAAUUUGAAGGCCUUACGGUAGGUGACCGCCUUCUCGUCGAGUUCGAGGGUGGACUUUCCUUUGACGGGGGGGCAGGUCUCGACAUUCUUGAGUCAGUUGUCCUUAUGGAAAGUCGCGACGAAUCGGUCGUUGUAAUAUGCCAUGAAAAAGUGACCUUCUCAUUAGUUGGUGGAUCUAUCGCGGUAAAGAUCUUUCUUGUGAAACGGUCAUUUUUCGAAAGAAAAUUCCAUGCGGUCAGCACGACGGGUCAAUCGGGCAUAUCUGGUUUGAGGAUUGCGUGUACGAUACGGAUCGUACAGGGACCUCCACGAAGCAAAAAAAUGUCCCAUAUCAUGAACGAAAUACAGAUGACAGUACCCCGAGGAAGUCGCGUGCUUAUAGUCGGCGAAAAUGUUCGUGAGCGCAUGGUAUUGCCCCCGAAUUUGUCCCUUCUCAAUCUUCAAAAUCUUCGGCACAGUUCCAAGGUUACUGAAGAAGUGCGGGACGCCGGUCGGCUGGAAACAGAAGAGUUACUUCGGCAGAAGCACUUCGAACUUCUUCGUGAGAUAGAUGAAGUCGUCGAAACGAUUACAACCCUUUGCAAUGAAUACUCAUACACCCUUCAGAUUCAAGGGUCAAAAGCUGCGCUGAAUCAGGAAAUGCAGAUAGUGCUUCUGAGGUUAGAGGCACUGCAAAAGCUCCUCAAUGAAAUCGAUCACCGGCUAGCAUUCGAGGUAUUUCCAGAUGUCCAAUUGAUCUAUGGAACUAUCAAAGAUGUCAUAGGCUGCGUUUCGCUGAUUGAUUAUCUCGUACCAGCAGCCAGCGUUAUCGUGGACGCGGAUCGUCUUUCGCUGAGCGAACUAGGCGUCGUCUUUUCGGUACGACGAAACAAUAUCUACCUGUCGAUUGAUACGCCGUGCUUUUGGAAGCCAAUAAGAGAAUGGAAAUCCAAAGGGAUCUCCAUAAAAUCUGUUCGUCGGCGUAAUUAUAUAUGCGACGAAUUUUUAUCGCUACUUGAGCAAUUCAUCAGUCCCCAAAUGCUCUCUGCAGAGUUCUUUGAAGGAUGGGUACUCGAGAGCGACAAUGGGUUCGGACUACUUUUGUCAUGUUUUAAGCACACCCUUGGCCCGUUACCUCAGAAGCCACCGAAGAACGUGGUAGUGAUAAAACACACCGAGAAAGGAGAAGCUGCCGUCGAAUUGGAAACCCACUUAAUGAAAAGCAUGGGAAAUCUAUUUGCUAUGGCGGAAGAACAUGAUUACAGCCUUUAUGUAGUGAACAGAAAUGGUAGUACGGUGGUAGAGUUAUGCGACAGUCCCGUCGAAAAGUCCAGUUCGUCGAACGCGUUACAGGACAUCAAAGGGGCGUUCAAACCACAUGCGGACACCUUCGUAUCUCUGCACGGGCUAACAACGAAGGCUCUGCCAGCCCUGUACGAACUUAUACUCUUCAGCUUACGUCGAGUUUUCCUUAUUGGCAACCUUCAACAACUAAAAAAGUCAGAUGAAAAUGUUCGACGGUUCGUAAACAAUCUCCUGUCGUGCGGUUUCGUGCGCAAGUCACUUAUUCUUACCUGUCCUAAGCACAAAACCGAUGUGAUUUUUGGUUCUAAUUGCGGAAACUCCGCCGUCAGUUGGCAAACCAGCUGCAAGGAGAGGUGCAAUGUCAGACUACCUUGCGGUCAUCAAUGCCCUCAAAAUUGUCAUUUCCAUGACGAGCAGACUUUCGAAGAUGAUUUGCCUGCCUGUGAUCAGACAUGCGGCAAGGAGUUACCGUGUGGGCAUGCCUGUCCAUUACCUUGUGGACGACCGUGCCUCAUGAGGUGUUCAGUACUGCUCGCAGUGAUAGGCCCUUGCGGCCACCCAAAUUCAAUACCUUGCUGCCAAAAUACAGAACAUGGCUUGAGCCUAUUGGCUUGCCCAAAUUCAAAGUGCCAUCGUCAUUUUAACGACCCAUUUUCAACAAAAAAUUCCAAGUCGCUGAUUCAGCGGGGUUCUACUCUAUUUGCGCGAAUGUUUAGUACCUCGUGAGAGGCAAAAAGACUUGGAUAAAUCGAAAGAUUUUUUAGCAAUAAGAGCGUUUUAAAAACAAUUUCUAGAAGAUGAACUAUAUUUGCAUAGCAAGCAGAUGUGUAGCAACGGGCUGUUAGAAAAAGAACAAAAUCGUAUGGAAGAUUAACCUUAACAUAAAUGACGUCCGUGUAAUCUAUUUUCAUUAUCUCCUACAAAUAUGUACUCAGGCAGAUAAUGAUGCAGAUUUUAAAAAAAUGGGCAGGAGAAACGGAAAACAAUAAAUUGUUUUGGACAUCAAACGUUUGUUAAAAAUGCCCCGUUUUUGAUUCAACGUAUCAACUGAAAUAUUGGGUUUUCCGAAAAAGAUUUUCAGGAUUUUUCGCUUUAUUUCUCCUUGAUCAUGAAUGUCGCUAUCUGAAUAUAUACGUACAGGAAAAAGAAUGCAAACAUAUUGCACCAACUGGCUGAACUGGCUGCAAACAUGGCUGAACUUUCACUGAUUUUCCAUGUAAACACGUAACUAACUUUUUCAACAUUUAAUUCAUAGUGUUCUGGCCUAUCCAGAACAUACAG